GAGCGGGGCGGAACUCCGCGGGAAGGGUGGGAAAGGUGGGUCUCCCAGAGCUGAUGGGUAUUACGUGGACCGUGACGCUCCGGCGUGCGCUUUGCAGCGCGGGAAUAAAGACCGUACGCGUCCCGCCUGGAUGUCUGGUCGCAAGACUGCUUGUGGUGGCGCUCCAUGAAGCUGGGUCCAGCUGAAGGCCAGUUGCGCUGGCUCUGCUCUGGGCUUUAAAGAUGAAUGAAAAGAAGAUGGAAACAGUUCCUCAGGAGCGGAAACUUCCUGAAUGGAUGUCUGUGCAGAAUAAGCGAUGUGCUGUCGAAGAAAAAAAGAUAUCUGUUCCAAAGAGUGUUUUUGAAGAUGACCUCCCCUUCUUAGAAUUCACUGGAUCCAUCGUAUAUAGCUAUGAAGCUAGUGAUUGUUCAUUCCUGUCAGAAGAUAUUAGCAUGAGUCUAUCUGAUACAGAUGUGAUAGGAUUUGAUAUGGAAUGGCCACCAGUAUAUAGUAAAGCGAAGCUGAGCAGAGUUGCGCUGAUUCAGUUGUGUGUGUCAGAGAACAAAUGUUACUUGUUUCACAUUUCUCCUAUGUCAGUUUUUCCUCAGGGAUUAAAAAUGUUGCUUGAAAAUGAAGCAAUUAAAAAGACAGGGGUAGGAAUUGAAGGAGAUCAAUGGAAACUUCUUCGUGACUUUGAUGUUAAAUUGAAGAGUUUUGUGGAACUGACAGAUGUUGCCAAUGAAAAGCUGAAAUCUACAGAGACAUGGAGCCUCAAUGGUUUGGUUAAACACCUCUUAGGUAAACAGCUUCUGAAAGAUAAGACUAUCCGCUGUAGCAACUGGAGUAAUUUUCCACUCACUGAGGACCAGAAACUGUACGCAGCCACUGAUGCUUAUGCUGGUUUUAUCCUUUAUAAAAAAUUAGAAAGUUUGGAUGAUGCCUCACAAGUCUUUACUAUAAGUAAAGAAGAGGAAAUACUACUGAGUGGUGUGAAGAAACAGUUGACUUACAUUUCUGUAGAGAUGAUGGACCUUGCUAACCAUCUUCCUGAUACUUUGACAAAAUUGGAAAAUCCAGAGAGGGUUUUUAUACGACUAAGGAAUAUUUCAGAAAAUCUUUGUUCAUUGAAGGAAAUGAUAUUAGGUCAUUCUAACGCCAAUACUGAGCCGAAGUCCACCGUUAAUUUUAACAUGUUACCACUGGAAGAUCCAUCUGACGAAGUGUCACAUAAGCAAAUUUAUGGAGAACAUCAAAUUUUUACAAAAGUUGAAGAAGAGGAAGGGGAUACAACACUGAGUAAUUUAAUGCAAUGUGAUGUAGAAAAUAUACUUAGAGAUGAAGUGAAACAAGGAGAAACUGGAUAUAUAGGUGGGCUAGAAGACACUAAGUUGAAAGAGAACACAGAACGAACUUGUUUGAUGUCGUUAGACAUUACAGAAUCAGAACUCCAGGCUUUGGAACAGCAGGCUCAGGAAAAAAUUCAGAGUGAUGUUAACUGCAAAUCUGAGGAUAAUGAAGAUGACAUAUCUUACAUAAUUGAAAGUGAUGAAGAUUUAGAAAUGGAGAUGAUUAAGUCUUUAGAAAAUCUAAAUAGUGACAAAGUAGAUCCAAUUCACUCAAAAUGCAUAGAAAUGGAAAGAAAUCUGGAUCUUCCUUCUGAAGAAGAUGAUGAAGAUGAGGAUGAAGCUCUUGGAGAGGAUGAAGUUGGUGAAGAUCACUCAUUACCAGGUCCUAGUGCAGAUCAAGUUAUUUGUCUCAAGACUUACUUUGGACAUUCCAGUUUUAAGCCGGUUCAGUGGAGAAUAAUUCGUUCUGUAUUGGAAGAAAGAAGAGAUAAUAUUGUUGUCAUGGCAACUGGUUAUGGGAAGAGUUUGUGCUUCCAGUAUCCUCCUGUUUAUGCAGGUGGAAUUGGCCUGGUCAUCUCUCCUCUCAUUUCUUUGAUGGAAGAUCAAGUGCUUCAACUUGAGAUGUCCAACAUUCCAGCUUGUUUUCUUGGGUCAGCACAGUCAAAAAAUACUCUUAAUGAAGUUGAAUCAGGCAAAUAUCGUAUUGUAUACUUAACUCCAGAAUUUUGUUCUGGUAACUUGAACCUACUUCAGAAACUUGACGCUAAUAUUCGUAUUACACUUAUUGCUGUGGAUGAGGCUCACUGUAUUUCUGAGUGGGGACAUGAUUUUAGGAAUUCAUACAGGACUCUGAGCUCUCUAAAGACAGCAUUCCCACUGGUUCCAAUUGUUGCACUCACUGCUACUGCACCGCCUUCCAUCCGGGAAGAUAUUAUACGUUGCCUAAAAUUAAAGGAUCCUCAGAUUACCUGUACUGGUUUUGAUCGACCAAACUUGUAUUUAGAAGUUGGAAGGAAAACAGGAUCCAUCCUUCAGGAUAUCAAGCAAUUUCUUGUCAAGGAGACAAGAAUUAAGUCAAGACCUCUGUGGUUCUGGAGUGCCACCUUAGUGAGAGAGUUUAUCUGUCUCUGGAGAGACUCCAAGCUGUCAGGUGAAGUUGAUGGACCAUUGAAGUUGAUCUUCGAUGAGUCCAGCUGUAUAAUGUCCCAAAGCACCUCCAGCAAGCCCAAUGGAGGCAGUCAGUCCAAUGCCAAUGACCAGGGGAAGAAACACUGCACGUCUGGUCCUUGGAUCAUCUUGUCUCAUUUUGAAGACAAACAACUACGAAAAGCCUCCUUGGAUAUUAUGGGAACUGAAAAAUGCUGUGAUAAUUGCAGGUCCAGAUUGGAUCAUUGCUUUUCCAUUGAAGACUCAGAUGAUACCUCUCAGGACUUUGGUACAGAAGCAUUUCAGCUAUUAUCUGCAGUGAGCAUCCUAGGAGAAAAGUUUGGAAUUAAGAUGCCAAUUUUAUUUCUCCGAGGAUCUUCUUCUCAGCGUCUUGAAAAUUAUCGCAGUCACAGUUCCUUUGGCAUUGGAAAGAAUCACACAGAGAGUUGGUGGAAGGCUUUAUCCCACCAGCUCAUGACUGAGGGAUUUUUGUCAGAAGUUUCUGGACAAAGCAAAUACAUAAAGAUUUACAAACUUUCAAAAAAGGGCAGAGAUUGGCUUGACAAAGCCAAUAGAGAAUUUCCUCAGAAACUUAUUCUUCAAGCUAAUGAAGAAUUAUGUCCAAGGGAGCUUUUACCAAGGUUCAUUUCUUUUAAUCCAGGCACUCAACAGUAUUCCUCUAUUCAAGUACCAACUGAAUUAACUACAGAGAAGAAGCAGUAUAACUUGGAGAAGUUGUAUUCUUACAAAGUACCUGAUAAAAUUUCUGAGAGUAGCAUUCUUAAAAAAAGAAUCAAUGUACAGUCGUCAGACAAAUCUUACAAUUUCCCAGGACCUGUUAUUUCAGCUCAAGAGCAGGAGAAUCAGACUGUGUUAUAUAGCCAGUUGGUAGAAUCCAGGCAGAAACAUGCUAAUAAAAUGGAUAUUCCUCCAGCUAUUCUGGCAACAAAUAAGAUACUGGUGGAUAUGGCCAAAAUGAGGCCUACUACUGUUGAAAAUUUAAAAAAGAUCGAUGGUGUUUCUGAGGGCAAAGCUACCAUGUUGGUCCCCCUUUUGGAAGUUGUCAGACAUUUCUGUCAAAUAAAUUGUGUUCAGACAGACCUCUUUUCAAGUACAGAGCCUCAAGAAGAGCAGAAGAAACUUUCACAGUCUGUUUCCAUCACAUAUUCUUUAUUUCAAGAAAAGAAGAUGUCUUUGAAAAGUGUAGCUGAGAACAGGAUUCUGCCUCUCACAGCAGUUGGCAUGCAUUUAUCCCAAGCGAUGAAAGCUGGCUACCCAGUCGAUCUGGCAAGAGCCGGCCUGACUCCAGAGGUUCAGAAGAUUAUUGCUGAUGUUAUCCGAAACCCUCCCAUCAACUCAGAUACAAAUAAAAUAAAACUGAUUCGAAUGUUUGUUCCUGAAAGCAUUGACACAUACCUUAUUCACCUGGCGAUUGAGAUCCUGGAAAAAGAUAGUGACAACAGACUGCUAUGCCAACCUUCACGGGAUUCCAACAAAAAGAGAAAUCUCCCUAGCCCUGAGGAGAGCUGUUCAAGUUCUAAGAGAAGCAAGGAAGAAGAAAGCUCAAAUAUCACCAAGGUUGAUGACAAACAUUCUGAUGUUACUUUAUCAAAAGAAGAAUGUCACAGAAAUACACUAAAACUAACUUCUUGGAAUCAACCACUCAGUGAUCCUGAAAUAGAAGACUUAUUUACAGAUUCUUAUUCACAGACUGCAUCUGAGACUUCAAAGAGAAAAGCGCCCGAGAAGGGAAAUUAUACCAGUAAAAACGUAUCAGCGAAAAUAAAAAAGAGGGGCCUUUUUAGUUAAGUUGGCAGUUAAUUACCUGAGUAAUUAAGUCUGUGUCUUGCUUGUGUUAUCAGAGGGGUGUUUUAUUUCAUUUCUGAAAGGAGUAAUACCCGGUUUAAAAAUGAUUCUAAUUUAGGAGUAAAGCUUGCUUAUCUGUUGAAGAACUAGCACCUUACAACAACCUUGCCCAAUUCACAGAGUACUUGAGUCUUGGAGAAUUUGAGUAUAUUGUAAAAUGAAUAUUAAACUAGUUUCUUUUAUGAUUGCUUUGUUAAACUGUGUACUACCUUGUUUUCUAAUUUCUUUAUUCCAACUGUAUAUUUGGAAAAUGUAUGUGUCAAUUUUAUGUAAAUAACGGGUUAGUAGUAUUGUGACUGUAUGUAUGAUAUAUUCUUAAAUUUUCAAGCUUCUGUCUUGCAAAUGAAGAAGGCAUAGAGCAUAUUUAUUCACAAAUUAUCUUUAAGAAGCUUUUCUACACACUCUUAAAUGGUAUUAGUGGGCCAGACUAGUGAAAAUAAAACAAGGUUUUGGACUCUUAAGUGCGGAAGAAUAAGACAAAGACUAAAAGACAAAGACUAAAAGAAUAAAAGACUCCCCAUUGCACUCGAAAACUGUACACUUUGUAUCUAUAUACCAUUUCUAUUAUUUUUCAAUAAAGCAAUGCCAUUCAUACUGGAA